GAUGUCGAUCCCAUUCCGGCGCGUCUGGGUCCUGCUUCCUUGCCAGUCUAUCCAUCGUGUCCUACCCCGCAACGCCUCCGAGGUUCCUUCCCCUGGACUUUUUAAAAUAUGAUUUUCCCAUCUUUUGGGGUUGUUUUUUCAGCUUUAGACGUGACUCUGCGGUCGGUUCCGACUUCCGACUUGCGAGCUGGAGUGCACCAGACGUGAAGCGUUUUUGUGUCCAUACUGUACCCUAGAGUGUUCGUGUAUCAUAGUGUUUUUUGCGAAUUUCCAUCUCUGUGCGAAUAGCUCGGGCUUUCUCUUGCGAGGUUUGUGGUGGUGGGGAGAAUAUUCGGGGUUUUGGUGCGAAUCGGACUUGGGAUUAGGUGCGCGAUGGUGAUCAAGAGGGCCGAUGAUGGAGUAUCGCUGUGGGAGAAGCGGGUCUACGUGACAUAGAUGGUGUGGAUGAGUGAGGAGAUGGAGGAUUGGUAGGCAAGCAUGCAUUUCGGAGCUAGGGGUUGUGAACAAGGGAGCGCGGGAAAGAGGGAUUGAAGGGAGUUAGGGUUCGGGUACAGGGGAGGGAGAUGGCAUCCGAAAUUGAGAUUGUGGCGGAAGGAGGAACGGUGCGAGAGAAUGGCGAGGUUUCGUCUGCUGGGGAUGGUUUGAAAUCUGAUGAGGAUCAGAAGAAGGAUGAUGUUUUCACUGCUGCAGCCUACGGGGAUGUAGAAAAGCUGCGCAGAUUGGUGGAGGUCAAGGGUUUCUCUGUAGUGGAGCCUGAUUCUGGUGGAUACUACGCGUUGCAAUGGUGUGCGUUAAAUAAUCGGCUAGCUGCUGCCCAGUAUCUAAUUGAGCAUGGAGCAGACAUCAAUGCCACUGAUUUUACUGGACAAACUGCUUUGCACUGGACAGCUGUGCGUGGCUCUAUACAAGUGGCGGAGUUGUUGCUUCAGAGUGGAGCUCGCAUUGAAUGGGCAGAUUCUCAUGGAUAUCGGACAUCCCACGUGGCUGCCCAAUAUGGACACACUGCCCUGCUAUAUCAUAUCGCCACAAAAUGGGGUGCCGAAGUGGACCCUCCUGACCAUGAUGGACGCAGCCCUCUGCAUUGGGCUUCCUACAAAGGAUUUGCAGAUUGUGUUCGAUUGCUACUUUUUAUGGACGGUUACCUGGAUCGUGCAGAUAAAGAAGGGUGCACACCGCUGCACUGGGCAGCAAUCCGGGGUAACCUGGAAGCUUGUACAGUUUUGGUUCAGGCAGGUAGUCUAGAAAACCUGCUGACAAAGGAGUCUACUGGAUGUACCGCAGCACAGUUGGCAACCGACAAAGGGCACCGUCACGUUGCUCUAUUUCUGACAAAUGCUCAAAGAGUUUUUACAAAUCGGUGGGAUGAAAACAACCGUCUUGGGAGGUUUGCCAAGCUUGGCUUGGCUCCUGUCCUUUGGGUUAUUAUUAUUGGCCUACUUCUUGUUUUUAUCAACUCUGUAAUUACAUCGAGAUCACUGUUAACCAUAACAGCUGGAGAUGGAUUUUGGGCUUGUUUGGUCAUCAUAUUGGCUAGUGGCGGUCUUUUCCUUCUUUACCGUUGUACCAGUAAGGAUCCGGGCUAUAUUACUCAAAGGCGUGGACAUCCGAGAGAGAAAAAUCAUGACGAGCCUCUUUUGAAAAGCGACUUGAGCAGCCCAGCGUUGUGGGCAGGUUAUUGGGCGCAGUUAUGUCCCACUUGCAAGAUUGUGCGCCCAUUGCGUUCCAAGCACUGCACUUCAUGCAACCGGUGUGUCGACCAAUUCGACCAUCAUUGUCCCUGGGUUUCAAAUUGUGUUGGCAAGAACAACAAGUGGGAUUUCUUUGUUUUUCUGAUCAUGGAGGUCACAGCACUGGUCAUCGCAUUAGCUGUAACUGUUCACAGGUUGUGGUUUGACCCAACAGCGCCAUCUGGGGGUGGGAAAUUCCUUCAGCAUGUUGCAUUGUACCACAGUAGUGCACUUGUAUUUUUAAUUGGAGAUGUAUUUCUUCUACUUGGUGUUGGUACAUUGACCGGAAUGCAAGCCGUGCAGAUAGCACGGAAUAUCACUACUAAUGAGAUGGCAAAUUCCUUGAGGUACACGUAUCUGAAGGAUGCUGAGGGUCGAUUUCGCAAUCCGUAUGAUUCUGGUUGUCGUAAAAACUGCGUUGAUUUUUUUCUUACUGGCUACAAUGAAGACAUAGAAGUGCCGUGGGAACCCAUUCGGCAACAUGGAGGUGUGAUACAAAUGGGUGACAGGUCUGUGGCGGCAGGUACACUGGGUUCUAGCCUGGCUGGAGUGGUCGGCCAGAACUCGACCAAUGUGGCCAAUGGAUUGAGAAAUCAUGUACACUCUUCAACAUGUUCCCAUAACCAUCAUGGCGACACUCCUAGCGGCCACACCCCGUUAGGAUUAGGAAAUCUUGACCUACCCAAUCAUGGCAACCAGGAACGGGACCGCAACGCUUAGAAAAACCUCAAACAGGAAUAUCCUUUGGGGGCUUGUAUUGAUUUAGUUAAUGGAGGUGGUUGCCAGUCGCCGCUUGAGUUUCCUUCAAUUUAUACACUUGCUUCGUCACAUGACUUUGGUCACUUUCUCUGAUGAAUGGAGCACCGUGGUUGUCUGGAUUUGCAAGAAA